UUUGAUUAGACUUUACAGACCAGCCGCACUGAGGAGCAGCAUUGGGCCACGCUCGGAUCACUCAGAGGGCAAGAUGACUUCAUACACGUGGAUUUUACUUAUUCUGGCAAGUCUUGUGGCAACAAGAGCGCAAGAUUUUGACCUCAGUGAUGCUUUUGAUGAUGUUGUCAAGCCCACUCCGAAGCCAACAGUGAAACCAGCCCCACCGAAAAACCCAGAUUCAGGAUUGGAUAUUUUAGAUGCCUUCGAUUUUGACCCUAAAAAACCUGAUGUCGUUCCCCCCAAAUCAGAAGAUGAUAAAAAGAAACCAUCUGAAGGUGAAUUCGAUCUGUCUGAUGCAUUUGGUCCAGAUACUGAGCCCAAAAAGCCUGUGGUCCCACCCAAAGAGAGAGGAACUGGUGGUGGAAGUUUUGAUGACAAAGACCUCUUUGAAGUGAAUGAAGGGGGUGAAUACAAGCCCGAUGGAGGCCGGAGUGGAGGGCGAGGAGGAGAAAUUCCUCAGAAUAAUGAAAAUGAUGGAGCCUCUGAUCAACCUCAAGGAGACAUGGCUGCCAUCAUCAGUUCUGUGGGUGUUGCUAUCCUCGGUGCCGCCUCAAGUUACUUUGCCUACCAGAAAAAGAAACUGUGUUUCAAAGUACAAGGAGGGGAGGAUCCAGAGAGUGGCAAAAACCGUGGUACUCAGUCUGAUCCUCAAGUUCUCAGCAACCUGCUCCGAUCAUCGUAACUGCGUUGGAUCUGCACACUGAAAGUAUAUAUGCACACCGAGCAUGUACAGCUAUGGGGAGCCUAACCCUAUGGGAAACAUCUGUUACAUGAAAGGCUGGUUUAAAAUUAAUGUUUUUAGAAUACUAGUGUAAGUGUUUUUUUGUUUGGUUUUCUUUUUUUAUAUAUUAUUGGAUUAUCUAGGUUGUAUUGACUCUAAUCUUUAUUUUGUUUAAGAAUGUAUUUUUUUUCUGUAUUCAAUCUUUUGUGUAACUAAUUGUUCAUCUUUAGAGGAGGUAGAGUCACUUUUUAAAUGGCUUUUAGUGUUCUUUUAGUAUUUCAGAAAGUGCCAAUGUAAGAUACUGCACUUACAUGACAAAUUGUUACUAUUUUUGUAGAAAUACAGCAAGUUGCAAAAGCCAGGGACUUGCUUUUGUAAAGCACAAGCUGUCUAUAUAGAGGUGAAUGCAUCAGUUAGGCUUUUGUUCAUUCUUGCAUUACUCUGAAUUAGAAACUGCCUUUGUUCCAAAUCAAACAGAAGACUAUGAGGAAGAGGAGGAUGAGGUUGCUGAUGGGAAUCUAUGAGAUGUGAUGGCAAAAUGUCAACUAAAAUAAAAAGGAAUGAGUUUAAAAUUAUAGGAUGCCAACUCAUUUCUGCGUCUUUUGCAUUUUUUUAAAUAUUUAAAUACAUUUAAAUUUGAAUGGAAUUCAUAGACAAGGUAAAAAGACUCUUACUGUAUUUAUUAUUGUAAAUAGCCUACUGCUGAAGAUGGAUGAGUUUAAAAUUACAAGUAACUUGCAUUGAAUGCGUGCAAUGCACCUCUUUUACCAUCCAGAGAAAUUAUGAUCGAUGAUUUAUUGUAUGUAUAACAGAGUGUCUAGUGUCUAAAAUAUGUUUUUCUGUUUCUUAACCAAAUAAAGUCUUGUCUCCA